AUGAGUGGCCAUAGCUACAGUAUCUAUAAUGCUGUCUAUGCUAUUGCACAUGCUCUACACAUCUUGGCGUCCGACAGAACCAACCACAGAGCCAUGGAGGAAGGGGUCAGCCUGGCUUCUCUGAAUGUGCCACCUUGGAAGCUCCACGUACUUCUUCGAAGAAUUGCUUUCAACAACAGUGCGGGAGACGAAGUGACCUUUAACGAACAUGGAGAAUUGAAUGGUGGAUUUGAUAUUACCAAUAUGGUCACUUUUCCAAAUGAGUCCUAUGUCAGAGUCAAGAUCGGGAGGCUGGAUCCUCAGGUUCCACUUAGUAAAAGAGUUACCAUCGACGAGGACAGAAUUCAGUGGAACAGACACCUCGCACAGCUGCCUCCCUUAUCUGUGUGUAAUGACAACUGCAAGCCUGGUUUCAGCAAGAAAAGGAAGGAAGGGGAGCCGUUCUGCUGCUACGAUUGUGAUCCGUGUCCAGAAGGGAAAAUAUCAGACAAAGAGGACAUGGAUUCUUGCAGGAGUUGCUCUGAAGGUCAUUAUCCAAAUCUGAGACAAGUCCAAUGCAUUCCCAAGAUUCCAAAUUACCUUUCCUUUUCCGAACCCUUGAGCAUGAUUUUAGCCUUUUUGGCUCUCUCCUUUUCUCUGAUCACAGCCCUGGUGCUCGCAAUCUUUGUCAAGUACAAGGAAACCCCAAUCGUUAAAGCCAACAACCGGAGCCUCACCUACUGUCUCCUCAUCUCUCUCCUUCUCUGCUUUCUCUGCUCCUUGCUCUUCAUUGGAAGGCCCAACUGGCUGACCUGCCUCGUCCGACAAACGACUUUUGGCAUCAUCUUUUCAGUUGCUGUUUCUUCUGUCUUGGCAAAAACUGUCACGGUCGUGGUGGCAUUUAUGGCCUCUAAGCCAGGCAUCAUUUUCCGAAAGUGGGUGGGAAAACAAUUGGCAUGGUCUAUUGUUAUCUUUUGCUUCUUUGUUCAAGUUGGCAUUUGUGCUGUUUGGCUGGGAUCUUCUCCUCCAUUUCCAGAUGUGGACAUGAACUCACUCGAUAGAGAAAUGAUCGUGCAUUGCAAUGAAGGGUCAGCUACCAUGUUUUACUGUGUCUUGGGCUACAUGGGCUUCCUGGCCUCAGUCAGUUUCAUGGUGGCUUUCCUGGCCAGAAAGUUGCCCGACAGUUUCAACGAAGCCAAGUUCAUCACCUUCAGCAUGUUGGUCUUCUGCAGUGUUUGGCUGUCCUUCGUCCCCACCUACCUGAGCACUCAAGGAAAAGCCACAGUGGCCGUGGAGAUCUUCUCCAUGUUCGCUUCCAGUGCUGGCUUACUAGGCUGCAUAUUUUCCCCCAAAUGCUAUGUCAUCAUUCUGAGGCCUGAGUUGAACAGAAGGGAGCAGCUGAUCAGGAAAAACCAUUAA